AUGGGAACAGGCUACUAUGUAGACGCGCGCAUUCUUUCCGAUCAGGAAGAAAUAGCAUCGAUGAGGUACUCAUCCUCUGCAGGGAUGGAGCAGGCGUCGCACAACGAAUAUGGCGGACAGGAACCGAAAUCCUCUAUCUUCGGAGGAUCCUGGGGCACCAUCGGGGCGCACCCUCCGAACGCUUACCUACAUCACCAAUACAGCGGAGACGCAGAUGGCAUGUUUGCGCGCUCCUGGGCGUUGGAUCCUCUCUCUGCGUCGUUGUGUUUGACGGGAAUCCAGUCUGCAGCCGCGCAUUACGAGAUAAAGCCCGAACCGUUAAUCGGAGGCGCGGAAUGUACGACUCUAGAAUCACACCCACCGCUUUUAUCUGACAUUGAAAACGGAGCUUCCCUCACAGAGAUUCCCUGUGAAACAUCCCCCACAUCUGCAGCCAGCGACGACAAACAGACGGAUGAGAGAAAGGAGGAGGUGGAUGCAAACAACCCCUCGUCCAACUGGCUUCACGCAAAGCCCACCAGGAAAAAGCGCUGCCCCUACACCAAGCACCAAAUCCUCGAACUGGAGAAAGAGUUCCUCUUCAACAUGUACCUCCCUCGGGAGCGCAGGUACGAAGUGGCGAGACUCCUGAAUUUGACCGAGAGACAGGUGAAAAUCUGGUUCCAGAACCGCAGGAUGAAGAUGAAAAAAGAAAACAGAGACAGACGGAAAGACAGCUAAUGCGUCUUUGGAUUUAA